AUGACUCGAUACCAAACGAGAAAACACGUAAAGUCUAAUAACAGUAACCUUGAAGACAAUCUAAAAAAAUUUUUGGAUGAGCACAUAAAAUUUUUACAGAGAGACAAAAGGCAUGUUGAAAAGUUUUUUAGAAUAAAUAGAAUUCAGGGUGAAGAUUUAAAAGAGAAAUUAAACGAAUUACAGAAAAUAAUCGUUGAAAGAGAGUCGUUCAAGGAUAAAUUAAACUUAUAUCAAAUAACAACAGAAAAGAGUACGAAGUUGAUAAGAAAAUUACAUGCUGAAAAACAGGAGUUUUCUAAUCAGAUUCAACAAUUAAAAAGUGAAAAUGACGACCUUAAGCUUCAAAUUGAUAGUUUUAAACAAUAUCUUCAGUAUCAAUCAAUGCUUGAUAGUAGAACAAUAGAGAAUCUCCAACAUGAUGUAAAUAUAUUAGAGAGUCGUGAAGAAAUUUUUAUAGAGGAAUUACAAAAUAGAGCGAGAUUGAGAAGAGAAGAUGUGUUUGUAAUACACGAUGAUGACAAUGACAAUGGUUUAGGAG